AUAACAUUAUAACCAUAUAAAAAUUAUACAAUUGUAUGAAGCGAACCAACUAAUCAGGACACAUUGGAAUGGAGCGCGGAGCUCACUAGACAUAAAUACGGGAUACUUGAUCAUCAUCGCUAAGUGUUUGCGGUGUUUUCGUUCGAUCAAAUUUUGUCCAGGCACUAUUCUUAUGAUCAAUCGGUACAGCUAGACCAACCAUUACACUGAGCUCGGCCUGUUAUUGUUAACAGUUUUGCUAUUGAGAAGUACAAUACGAAUCAGUCGACUGAAAUAUCUUGAAAUAUCUAGCCAACACACCUUAUUUAUUGUUAUAUGCCACCAACUUGGGGACCAACCGGUAAAAUCACCCCUGCAGUCUCCUGUCCUCAUUUCCGUCGUCGCGCCAUGGACUCCGAACAGCAGCUGCCGCCGCCGCUGAAGCAGAUGAAGCAAGACCCACCAGUUGCUCCCACCACCAUAAGCUCCCUCGGCGACGACCUCCUGCUCGAGAUCUUCCUCCGCCUCCCCUCCCUCCCGAGCCUCGUCCGCGCGGCCCUCACCUGCCGCGCCGCCCUCCACGCCGUCCGUUCAUCCCGCGUCUUCCGCCGCCGCUUCCGUGAGCUCCACUCGCCCCCACUCCUCGGCCUCUUGCUCGACUUCUUCAACCCCGAGAUGGCCGCUUUCGUGCCCGUCGCUCGCCUCUCCGACCGGGACCACGCCGCCGCCCUACGCGCCGCCGAUAUCUACCUCACCCGCGUCCUCGACGACGACCCUGAGUGGUCAAUAGCCGACUGCCGCGAUGGGUACGUCGUUCUCCUCAACUGGAGCGCCGAGCAGAUAGCCGUCCACAGUCCCCUCACACGGGCCAUGCAUCUCUUCCCCAUUCCACCGAAACAGAUCUACGAUGAAUUGUACGCCGAGCUCCAUGUCCUCCCCUCUGAAGAAGACCCCAGGUCGUUCCGCGUUGUCUGCGUCUGCCACGAAACGUGGGGGGCGCAAGCCGCUGUCAUCUCGUCGGGCACCAGGGAGUGGCAGAUUUCCCCAUGGGUAGACGCUGCGAGCCUGCAGGAUGGGGACGCGGACAAAGACUACUCACCUCACGAUGGAACACUGGUGAAUGGGUGCAUCUACUGGACGAAAGCAAGCCGAGCCAAUGCGCGUGUGCUCAACACCACGACAAUGCAAUUCUCGCUAAUCGAUUUGCCUCGGCACAUCCAUGGGCAAGGAGCGCUAACACCUGGUGAGACCAAGGAUGGGGAGCUAUGUAUCGUUUGCGCUGUACAGCGCACACUUGGACUUGUUGUCUGGUUGUGGAGAGCCGAUGAUGACGGUGUGGAGAGAUGGAUGCUGGACAUGACAUUUCCCUUGUCACAGAAGAUUGAUUUGCUCACUGACCAUUCAGCAGAGGACCACGAUGCACUGAACAUUUUGACGAUUGUUGAUGGCUUUGUGUACUUGUAUACUUACUGUGAGGCCAAUCCUAAUUCACCUGGCUUCUUCCUAUCCUUCUGCCUGGAAACAGAAAAGCUGACUAAGCUCUGUCCUAUCCUUCACAUUGACGAUUUGUAUCCUUACAUCAUGGGGUGGCCUCCUUGUUUGGUGUACCCAGCAAGUUAGGAAUCCAUUUUAUGUGCAAUGGGGCUGUUAGAAGCUUGGAACUGGUAAGUACACUGUUACAUUUUGGCACAACAAUCUCUGGAGCUAUUCUGGAUUUGGACAUGUGAUGAUGAAGCAGGCUGAUAUAUAUGUUUUGCAGCCCAUCAGCUCCACUUAAUGCCCAAGUGAGCUACUCGAAUUUACUGAAGUGAUAUAUGCAAACUGAGCUGCAUCAGUCAUAUGUUUCCUGAGGCGCAGAGAAACCAACAUCUUUUCAAGUUCUUCCAUAGCAGUAGAUGCGUAUGGUACCAGAGUUUCAGUGCUCCUAUUGUUAUUCCAGAACACUUGAAUGGUGGCUAGCUUCUUUCAGUCUCAAGGAUUCCCAACUAGAGAACUGGAAUUCUGACUUUCUGAGGUAUGCAUCUCUGAUAUAGUCUUCAGAUGAGACUAGACUAAUAAUUAUGAACUCCUGUAAGUCUAGUGAGGCCUAAUUUCUGUCAUUAGUCAAAGCCCUUCGCUAACUUCCAGUGGUUUGUGUCUGACAAGUAGCUAACCAUGCAUAAACUACCAGAUAUUGAAGUUUCAACUCUUUAACACUGCUCAAGAUUAAUUAGCACAACUAGGAUCUGAUUAGAGCAAUUUCAGGACAUAAUCAGAGUACAAGACAUAUGGAAUAACAGAAACCAUAAAGUAGAAAACGUUGCAUAUUCUUUGGGUAUGUCGGCAGUUGUGCAAAACCAUUUUUCAGCUUCAUGCAUUCGCUACGAUUUUUUGGUUCAAGCUCGAUUUCUUCAGUAAGGAACUAGAGCUGCUGUCUGUCUUUUUCUGUUAAACUUUAAGCAAUAGAAGAAGACUGCAGCAAGAGUAUUUGCUAAACGGGAUAAAAAGUGACCACUAAUGUUUACAUAUGGCCUCACCUAUGAUCUGCAAAUUAACAAGGAAAGGUAGGUCAUUAUCUUCAAAAUUAAAGAAAACAGGUUUAAAGCUAGCAGUUUUGCUUAAUCAUGAUAUGCUAAGAUUCCUUUGGCAUGAAUUAUUUGGCAUGCACAUGUUUGAUUGAUAUGGGCGCAGACUAGCAUGUGGUUUGAUUUUGACAGGCAAAUAUCAUCCAAUUCCCAUUAUGAAUUUGUUCACAUGAUAAAUUGUUCCUUCCAUAUAUACUGGUAUACACAGAUAUAUGUCCAGGUAUGUGAUGUGAAGGUGUUCUGUUCUGGAGGAACCAGUGAGCAACUAGUGGUUACUUGUUGAAUGUUGAUUACCAGAGUAGUUUCUGUUAGCGAAGGAUUUUCGCGAUUUUGUCUCCUAGAUCAGAUAACAUUGUUUCGUGGUAGCGAUGUUAUCUGACCAAGAUAAAUGUCUGUACUACUGUAACAUCAUAUUGUUUCUAGUUCCUUGAUA